UCACGCGCCUGCGCAGAAGCGGCCGCCUUUCACCACCACCCCCCUCAGCGUCGCUCCGGCUUCCCUCGCGGUUCGGCCUUCCAGCUUCUCCCCCCUCCUUCGUCGAGCCAGCCAAGCCGGGCGUCGUCGGCCAUGGCGGACACGACGCAGAACGGGCCCAUGCAAGGCGGCGGCGCCGGCGGCGGAGCGGUGCAAUUUCUGAUGAGUAACAAGUUGGACACGGCAAUGUGGCUUUUUCGGAUAUUCACAAUUUAUUGUUCAGCUUUAUUUGUCCUUCCGCUUCUAGGGUUGCACGAAGCAGCGAGCUUUUACCAGAGGGCUUUGUUGGCGAAUGCGCUCACCAGCGCCCUGCGUCUCCACCAACGGCUGCCACAUUUCCAGCUAAGCCGGGCGUUCCUAUCCCAAGCCUUGUUGGAAGACAGUUGCCACUACCUUCUCUAUUCCCUCAUCUUCGUCAAUUCUUACCCCGUCACAAUGAGCAUUUUCCCCGUCCUGCUGUUUUCGUUGCUUCAUGCUGUGACCUACACGAAGAAAGUCCUUGAUGCCCGGGGCUCAAAUAGCCUUCCUUUUCUCAGAAAUCUGUUAGACAAAUUGAAUGCUAAUCAGCAAAACAUCUUAAAAUUUAUUGCCUGCAACGAAAUCUUCUUGAUGCCAGCUACUGUGUUUAUGCUUUUCAGCGGCCAAGGAAGCUUGUUGCAGCCUUUCAUUUACUACAGAUUUCUUACCCUCCGUUACUCUUCUCGCAGAAAUCCUUACUGCCGGACCCUCUUCACGGAACUGAGGAUCGUGGUUGAGCAUGUCAUCAUGAAACCUUCGUGCCCCCUGUUCCUGCGAAGGCUCUGCGCCAGCAGCAUUUCUUUUAUAACCAGAUUGGCCCCCACGAUGGCGUAGCCCGGCCUGGAAAUCCCGCGUGCAUCUCUCUCUCUCUCUCUCUCUCUGUCUCUCUUCCUCUCUAACGAACAUUUUGAGCAGCUGGAAUUUCUGCUGGUGAUUUAUAUAAAUUCAGGAUCUCUGUCAAGGUUGUAUAGAAGUGGUUCCUGCCAAGAAUCUGUUUUUGUGGAGUGUAUCUAAUCUAUAUGGGUUGUUUUAUUUUGUUUUUUUUGUUUUAAAGUCUUGUUUUUCUUUCCUCGAGCCGAUGUUUUUCUGUGUUUUGCGGACGAUGAGCGUCUCUCACUCUGGGCAAAAUUUCAUUUAUAGGUGAGCAUCUUAUCUGUGUCGUACAAUACGGUUUUCUGUGUCGUGCGUCUCAUUCACCCCCAAGGCAAAAUGUUUCUUCAAAGCAAGAAACCAAGAUGCCAAGGCUGCACGGUCCGGAUUGUGCCUAACGAGCUACGGUUUUGGCACUCCUUGGGCUUCGCAUUCGAAACACCUUCCUACACGGUACUUUCGGGUCAGUAUUCCUGCGGGGAAUAAAUGCAAGUCCAUUAAAUCAUCCCACUCAAACCCCAAUCAGUUCCGAACACGAACAAUCGGGCUAAACAUUUAAACGGUGUCUUUCUGAUUUGUUUUCAAAUGCUUUUGGAAUGGAAACCCGUCGCCCUCUCUCCAGCGAUAUCUUUAUUUUAUUUUAUUUUUCUCGGUGCAAUAUUCCUUUUCCGCUACCCGAAUGCCCUCUUGACUUCGGCUCGCUUCUGAAACUGGGAUUCUUAAAAUGCCAAUCUGUGACACCUUGGAAUAAAUAAAGAUGGAUGUUGUGUUUA